GGCCCGGCCUUUCUCUGGCGAUCCGGAACCGAAGUGACCCUUAGCUCCCAGAGAGCAUGGGCUGCGCUCGGAGCGCGAGGGGAACCAGGACAAAUCCCUGCACGUCGUCUCGCCUGGGCUGAAAGCUCUCGGCUUUUUCCAGAAGGGAAAAAAAAAAAAAAAAAAUAGGAAGUGACGUCUGGGCCCGAAGCAGGCCGGGCUUGUGGACCCGUAGCGAUCGGCUGCUGGCCCUGGCCGGCCGGAGCCUCCCUGCGGUCUGGGGAGGUCGUGCCACCCGCCGGACGGUCCCCUGUCCCGGGGUCCGCUCGCCGCUCGAGAGCGAGGCCAGCCCGCGGCGGCAGAGCGGGAACGCCUGCCGGGACACCUGUCGCUUAUAUUUUAAUAUCCCAAUAUCAAGAAUAUAGUGGAGAACAGCCUUGAAAAACCAAGAGGAAACCAUGAAGAGAUGUUUUAAUUAUUGAAACCAUGGCUACAGCAGCAAAUGUGGACGUUGGGGCUCAGCUGAUUGUGGAAGAAUAUCCCAGAAGCUAUAGUCUCUCUGGCACACCGGACAUCAAAACAGAGCUCCAGCUGGACCCAAGCCCAGAAGGAGGGUCGGCGCAGGGCGUUGCCAUGGGAAUGAAGUUCAUAUUGCCAAACCGAUUUGAUAUGAACGUAUGUUCUCGGUUUGUGAAGUCCUUAAAUGAAGAAGAUAGUAAAAAUAUUCAAGAUCAAGUUAACUCUGACCUGGAGGUGGCAUCUGUCUUAUUUAAAGCUGAGUGCAAUAUCCAUACAUCUCCUUCUCCUGGAAUUCAAGUAAGGCAUGUCUACACCCCCUCUACAACAAAACAUUUCUCCCCCAUAAAACAGUCAACUACUUUAACCAACAAGCACAGGGGAAAUGAAGUCUCUACCACACCUCUGUUAGCAAAUUCUUUGUCUGUUCACCAGUUGGCAGCUCAAGGGGAAAUGCUCUACCUGGCUACUCGUAUUGAACAAGAAAAUGUUGUCAAUCACACGGAUGAAGAAGGGUUUACUCCCCUGAUGUGGGCUGCUGCACACGGGCAAAUAGCUGUGGUAGAGUUCCUACUUCAGAAUGUAAGGAAAAUGCUCAGAAAAUGUGGUGCAGAUCCCCAGCUUUUAGGAAAAGGUCGAGAAAGUGCGCUGUCACUGGCCUGUAGUAAAGGCUACACGGAUAUUGUCAAAAUGCUGCUUGACUGUGGAGUUGAUGUAAAUGAGUAUGACUGGAACGGAGGGACGCCCCUGCUUUAUGCCGUCCAUGGGAAUCACGUGAAGUGUGUAAAGAUGCUGUUAGAAAAUGGAGCUGACCCAACAAUUGAAACAGAUUCUGGAUACAAUUCCAUGGAUUUAGCUGUAGCUUUGGGCUAUAGAAGUGUUCAACAGGUCAUUGAGUCACAUCUCCUGAAGCUACUUCAAAACAUCAAGGAGUGAUGCAACUCUCGGAAAAUCAGUCAGCUCUUCUCCUCUCUUCUUGGUCCUUAUAAAUGGUAGUUUUGUUUACGUGUAAAUUUUUACCUCAGUUGCAAUAUUUGCUGGUUUUUAGUGAGUUUUAAUAAAUAUUCCUCUGAAUAAUCCACUGGUUUAUAAUAAAAUUAACCCUGAUUUUUUUAAAAAAAUAAAUGUGUUUUACUAUAUAUUUAAAGUUAUAAAUUAAUGCUUUAUUGCAUGUAAACUUUUAUGGUACAGGUGGUUAUGUGUCUUUGUAUCAAGUACCGCAAUUUGACACUUUGAGAAAUUCCACCUUGUAUAUCUUCACUGUUGUAUUAACUCUUUGACUUUGCACAGGGCUUACUGUAAGCCUGUGAGGGGGAAAAAAAUAAUGUUCUUGUUGAAUUAAAACGUAUACAGUGUGAUGGUUUACAAAAUCAUGUUUAAAUAAAGUACUUCUGCUGUCUGUGCAUUCUA